AAUAUAUAGGAUAAUCUAGGAAUUCAUUCAGAUGGCUUCAGAAUACUUGUAGCCAGAGGUAGUUUGGAUUCUCUCAUAAAGUAGUUUAUACAAACCACUUUGCAAUAUUGUUAAAAUGAAUCAUUGAAAUUUUAAUCAGUUGAAUAAUUUUCAUGAACAUUCUUUUAAAGGAAUUUAAUCAAAGCAUUAUGUGAAUACUUUCACAUUGUUGUACCUAUACUAGUAUCAAAGCAAUCCUUCAACCUCAGCUUGCAUAUAUCUGUGUAGUUGGGGUGUUUGUGUUUUGAAUCUUUGAUCUGAAAAGAAGCCAUAAGGUUGUGUAGGUCAGAGUUAGGCAUCUGUCAGGGAUAUAAAGAUAAUCCCACUGAGAAAAACAGACUAAGUUGAGAAAAACAUUAGGGGAAGUACAAAUCAAGAGCUAGAAAACAAAAAAAAAAAAAAAAAAAACCAAACCAAAAACAAUAAGAAAAUGUUGAAAGCGAAAGAAAAUAAAAAGCAGAAUGAACAGCCUGUGUCUCAGGAAUAUUUUGACAACAUUAUCAUAUUUACUUAAAAUGCUAGAAUUUUGAUUUCUUGUUCAUACUUCUUCCACAUCUGCAGGGUAGAUUUCAGUAUUAUUAGUGUACUUUUUCAAUCCACAUGGAAAUUUUACUGGAAAAAAUAAGAAGAGCAUUGAAAGAAGUUACUGAAUUUAUCUGGAGUUUUUUUAAGGUCAAGGGCUACCACUGUAUUUCAAAGCUACAACAGAUGAAAAUCUCUGCUACUCUCAAGAGAAAGAAGUCUAGAAGGCCCUUUUAGUUUUCCACAAAGUAUGGAAACCCAGAAUAUUUGAGAACUCAGUUUACCUUCUGUUUCAUAAAAGGUACAUGGUAGUUCUGUAUAUUAUUUUUGACAUUUUACUGAGCAACGUAGCACUGUUAGAUUCACAGAAAGAAGAAAUUAGAGAUUUUGUAGGAUUUGACUUCUACCUCUCAUCUCUUCUACCACAUAGACCAUGUUUGGCUUUCACUUGUUGUUGCUCUUUAAUUUCCUUAGAUUAAAUGAUCAGGAAUAAGGAAGGAGUAGAAGAAUAUUGUUACUCUUUCAUGUGGAACUUCUAUCAUUAACAUGUAUAUGAUUGAAACCCUGAGACAAAAUGUGAAGAAGCUGCUUCCCAAUAUAUGGUGAUACCAUUUCAUGGUUCUCACCCAUACCACAGAGCACUGAUAUUGCAUUUAAUGAGCUGUAAUUGUCUGCUGUCAUCUCUCAUGAUCUUAGGCUGUGGCUGGGUUUUCGUUUGUAAUGAGGACACUUCAGUACAAAUGUAUGUUGUCUAAAUGCUUGCUAGGUGUCUAGAUUCUCAUAUAAUCAUAUACUACAUGUUUCCAUGGUAGUGAGGCCAAAAGAAUGAUUCAGAUAUCCAUCUCCUACAGGUUCAAAUCACUGGCACCUUUGUAUGCCUCUAGGAGCAUUCAAAAUGUGGUGGUGUACUUGAGACAUUCAUGUGGAAAAGACAAAUAUGCCACGGGACCUGUAGGAGACCUGCAGCCUCCUAAUGGGCUUGCUGGAGCCAGGAAGGAAUGUUCCAAGAGAAACACAACCCAGAAGUGAAUAGGACAUCUGUCUAGAUUAUUGUAAAGAGGCUACACUUGCUGGUUGUGCUGCUGAGCCACUUAUGGCAUUGGGAACAGCUCUACAAACACCAUCCUCCCUGGUAUUUCAAGCAUCAAGUAUUGGAACAGACAUCUGAAUUAAAGAGUGUGCAAAAAAUCUCUUACCUCUUUAACUAUUGAAACAACUAAAAUGGAAAACUGACUAAAAGAGGCCUUUCUCUGAGUUCUGCCUGUCGCACAGCCAUACGUAUUAGAUGACUUUGGGACUCGUUUUCCAUCAGCGAUGAAGGGAUUAUCUGGCAGCCGCAGUCACCAUCACGGGGUUGCCUGUGACCCUGCGUGUGACAGCCUGCCACACCACCAGGACAGGAAGCCAUAUUUGUUAAACCCAGUGGACCCCCACCCCGCAGACCACCCUUACUACACUCAAAGGAACUCUUUCCAGGCCGAGUGCAUGGUGCCCUACAAUGAUCAGAUUGCCAGCAGCACGUUUCCCCGGAGGCAUUACAGCUCCCACCACGAACUCAAGGAUGAGUGUGCUCUGGUUCCCCACGGAACUGCCAACAAGACGAACCGCAUUCCUGCCAACCUUUUGGACCAGUUUGAGCGGCAGCUGCCCCUGAAUCGGGAUGGCUACCACACUCUGCAGUACAAACGAACUGCCAUGGAGCACCGCAGUGACAGCCCGGGCAGGAUCCGGCAUCUGGUUCAUUCUGUCCAAAAGCUCUUCACCAAGUCCCACUCGCUGGAAGGACCAUCCAAGGGGAGCGUCAAUGGGGGGAAAGCAAGCCCGGAGGAGUCACAGACGAUGAGGUAUGGGAAGCGCAGCAAGAGUAAGGAAAGGCGAUCAGAAGGUAAGCCCAGAUCCAAUGCAUCAGGAUGGUGGAGUUCAGAUGACAACUUGGACAAUGAUGUUUGCAUUUAUCAUGGUCCCAGUGGGGUCAUGACCAUGGGAAGAUGCCCUGAUCGCUCUUCUUCCCAAUACUUUAUGGAAGCCUAUAACACUAUUAGCGAGCAUACUGUGAAGUCCUCCAGAAGCAAUAAUGAUGUCAAAUGCUCUACCUGUGCAAACCUGCCUGUGAAUUUGGACUCCCAGUUAAUGAAGAAAAGCUCUUGGUCCUCUACAUUAACCGUGAGCAGAGCCCGUGAAGUUUACCAGAAAGCAUCAGUUAACAUGGACCAGACAGUGGUGAAGGCAGAGACGUGUCAGCAGGAACGGUCAUGUCAGUACCUCCAGGUUCCUCAAGAUGAAUGGACUGGCUACACUCCACGAGGAAAAGAUGAUGAGAUUCCCUGUCGCCGGAUGCGUAGCGGCAGUUACAUCAAAGCCAUGGGGGACGAUGACAGUGGAGACUCAGACACAAGUCCGAAGCCAUCUCCAAAGAUUGCUGCACGAAGAGAGAGUUAUCUCAAGGCCACCCAGCCAUCCCUUACCGAGCUCACCACCCUCAAGAUAUCCAGUGAACACUCGCCAAAGCUUCAGAUCCGGAGCCACAGUUACCUGAGGGCAGUGAGCGAAGUCUCCAUCAACAGGAGCCUGGACAGCCUGGACCCCGCAGGGCUGCUGACAUCCCCCAAGUUCCGCUCCCGCAAUGAGAGCUACAUGAGAGCCAUGAGCACCAUCAGCCAGGUGAGUGAGAUGGAGGUGAAUGGUCAGUUCGAAUCCGUCUGCGAGUCGGUGUUCAGCGAGCUGGAGUCUCAGGCCGUGGAAGCUCUGGAUUUGCCUAUGCCGGGCUGCUUCCGCAUGAGGAGCCACAGCUACGUCCGGGCCAUCGAGAAGGGAUGCUCCCAGGAUGACGAGUGCAUAUCGCUGCGGUCCUCAUCUCCCCCGCGUACAACCACCACGGUGAGGACCAUCCAGAGCAGUACUGGUGUGUCAGCUUUACAGAGCUCACCAGCACAAAAAGAGGAUCUUGGCAUUCUUACAGUGGCGAACAUAGAAGACGCUUCAUACAUCCGGGUGGAUGACUUGCAUUGUCAAGAUCUUUUAAAAGAUCUGGGCGUUAUUAGAGUGUCAUCCUGCAUUACCACCUACAAGAAGACACCACCUCCAGUCCCACCGAGAACUACCACCAAACCCUUUAUUUCCAUCACAGCCCAGAGCAGCACAGAGUCUGCCCAAGAUGCGUACAUGGAUGGGCAUGGACAGAGGGGCGAUAUCAUCAGCCAGUCUGGACUUAGCAACUCCACGGAAAGCCUGGACAGUAUGAAGGCACUGACAGCUGCUAUUGAAGCUGCCAAUGCGCAGAUCCAUGGCCCUGCAAGCCAACAUGUAGGGAACAAUACUGCCACUGUCACCACCACCACAACCAUUGCCACUGUUGCAGUAGAAGACAGGAAGAAGGACCACUUCAAGAAAAACAGAUGCUUAUCUAUUGGAAUACAGGUUGAUGGUGCUGAAGAAUCCACCAUACCAGGUGAUAAUAAAGUAACCAGUAAGUUCCAGUCCAUAGGAGUUCAAGUAGAGGAGGAGAAGUGCUUUCGCAGGUUUACACGAUCUAAUAGUGUAACAACAGCUGUACAAGCAGACCUGGAUUUCCAUGAGAACUUUGAAAUAAUCGACCCUCAAGAGGACAAUACAUGUUCUGGACAAAUAUCAAGACAGUUUUCCCGAGAUGCAAGCACCUCUACCGUUAGCAUACAAGGGUCAGGAAACCAUUACCAUGCAUGUGCAGUGGAUGAUGACUUUGAGACAGAUUUUGAUCCGUCCAUUUUACCUCCUCCUGACCCAUGGAUUGACUCUAUUACUGAAGAUCCUCUGGAGGCUGUUCAAAGGUCAGUGUGCCCGCGAGAUGGCCACUGGUUUCUGAAGCUACUUCAGGCAGAGAGAGAUCGUAUGGAGGGUUGGUGCCAACAGAUGGAGAGAGAAGAACGUGAAAACAACUUACCUGAGGACAUUCUAGGGAAAAUUCGAACUGCAGUGGGCAGUGCCCAACUUCUCAUGGCUCAGAAAUUUUACCAGUUCAGAGAACUUUGUGAAGAAAACCUGAAUCCUAAUGCACAUCCACGGCCGACCUCCCAGGAUUUAGCAGGGUUUUGGGAUAUGCUGCAGUUGUCCAUAGAAAAUAUUAGUAUGAAAUUUGAUGAACUUCAUCAGUUAAAGGCCAAUAAUUGGAAACAGAUGGAUCCUCAUGACAAGAAGGAGAGAAGGGUCCCUCCUCCAGUGCCAAAGAAGCCAUCGAAAGGUCAGGUGCCACUCAUACGAGAACGCUCUCUGGAAAGCUCGCAGCGUCAAGAGGCCCGGAAACGGCUGAUGGCUGCCAAGCGCGCUGCGUCGGUUCGCCAGAACUCAGCUACCGAGAGCGCCGAAAGCAUUGAGAUAUACAUCCCCGAAGCCCAGACCAGGCUAUGAAGGGAUCCAACCGGGAGGACUCUCUCUGGCAAGACAAGCCUCAUGUAUAAUCUGCCCCUGUAGGCUCCUGCUCAAGGUCACCACAAAGUAUUUGUACCUCCUCCUCUCUCUCUCGCUCUCUCUCCCUCCUCUCCCUCUCCCCUCUCUCUGUACGCAGCUGCCCCGAUGCUCCCAGUGAACUCCACUGCCGUGGCGUAGUUGUCGGUCCGCCGAGAGAUGUCCUCUAAUCACCCUUGCUUUCUGAAGGUUCGCCCAUGUCAUCACGAUGCUUUAUCACAUGUACUGAUGCUGCCACUUUGCCUCAUGUAAACGAGCACGAUCCUUUUUUCUUUUCUGUUUGGAACCAAUAAACGCAGCACUCAGACUUCCACAUGCCCGCGCACCUGUACAGUAGAUGCUCCAUUUAACUUACUCAUGGUCUUUAGUUGAUCUAAAGCUAGUCUGUUACCCAGUGUACAGCAAUAUCAAACUGUAGGGGACUUUGGUAUUUUCAGUCAUGCAGGGUGAUCCUUUCGGACUCUGCCGUCUUCCUCACGAAAGAUGAAAGGAGCUAUGACUUGGAUUCCCUUCUUUUUAUUACUGUUUUUUUUUUUUAAAGCAGAUGGUGCACUUUAUUCUAAACCUCCAAAUCACAUCUUCACCUGAAUUAAGGAGUCACACAAGGGGAGGGAGCUGGGGUGGGAGCGGGGAAGCAGGGGAUGAAAAGAAACCCCACAGCUCUGGCAGGUGAAAAGGUGGAAGUAUAUCCCACAGGUGAGAUGGUGAGGGAUAUAAAAGAUCCUGUGGAAAGAUACCUGCACACUCACAGCUGCACAAACUGCCUCAUUUUUAUUUCAUCAAUCACUACUUAAACAUUUCAAUCAGCAGAAGAUUGUAAAUUCGAUCUUCCAGGGAAAUAAUCUAUUUUGAAAGGCAAUAAAAGAGUAAAAAGGAAGGAGAUAAGAAGCAAUGACAGUUGAAGAGAUAAUAUAAAAGAAGGAUUUUCUUGUCCAAGUAUUAAGAAUUUUUAAAAUUGUACUGUAUUGUCAAUUCCUCUUGUAUUGUAUUGUAUGGAUUAUAUUGGUUAAAAAAAAAAGAAAAAAAAAGAAAAAAAAGCUUGGUUUUGUUGAUGUCUUAAUCUCGGUGGGACCAUCCAAUCUCAUACGUCCACGCAGCCACACACAGACACCUGUAGGUGAAUUACUGUACAUGGAGCCUCUGAUGCUUUUCCAGGCCAGGCUUGCUUUGCUCUAUCCACAGCUGGUUGUAUGCUACAGUUCAGACUGCUUAUCACCAAACCGUACAUAUUUAGGAGUAAAUUUCUAACUCAGCCUCCUCUUAAUAGCAUAACGUACUCACUUGAACAAGAACAAUAGACUAUUUUUCACAAGUUAUGGGAUCAAUAUGAACUUAAUAUUUUUCACGACAAGCCUUCCUACCCUGGCUUCUGCCAUUGUUUUGCAAUCACGAAAAAUAUGCAUCCUAAGUAGCUCAUUAAUAGUGGGUGGAAAUGGCAGAUAAUAGGGUUGGAGAGGAGCCUGAGAGGUCAGCUCCUGUACGUCUGUCCCCUCCAGCCACCUCUGGCUGGGACAGGGGCUUGUCCUCCAGCUCCUCUGAUGAUGAAUGAUGCCGACCACGCUGCUACUGGAAUCUCUUGUGCCAACAUUAGGAAAUCUAUGUCAGGCAUGUUGCUGAAAGCGAGUUGUGUGCGUGCGUGUGAGCGUGUGUGAGUGCACACACGUGUGCCUAACUGGCAUGUGCUGCUGCCAGCAGAAUUAGCGUGGGCUGCUUUGGGUGACAGGACUGAGCAGAGGAGCGCUGAGCAGAGGAGCGCUGUGCAGCCCUCAGUGCGUGUGCAGUCCUGCAGCGAUCUUUUCCAGACUCCUCUGCUGCUCCCUACGUGCUCUUCACCCUGCCUGCCAGGGCAGGGGUACGCGGGAGAGGAAGGCAGGCUGCUUUCUGCUCCCAGUGAGCACAGGCACAGGGACAGC